GAGGCGAAUACUGUGAUUGUUGUUACCAUUUUUGCCAUACAUUUUUCGUGAACUUGCCGUGAACACUAUUUCGUUUCUUAAAUAACGAAUAAGGAAUUGCUAAGUUUGUGCUGUAAUUGCUAAUUUAAAGUAUUUAUUUUUUUUUUAAUUAUGGUCCAAUUUUGAUUUAAAAAAAGGGAGCUUAGUUUGAUUGCCGCAACCAGAUUAAAACAUUACAUGCGUAUAUUCGCUUUAACGUGAGCGUACAGAGUGUAAAGAACAAGCAAACAAAAACAAAUGUACACAUUGGCUUUGCAUAUGCGACGAAAUGCGAAUAGCGGCGAGACCUCGUGAACAACAACGAAGUAAAAUAGCCAGGGAAGACGGACAGACAACAAUGAGCCACAGCCGCGCGAGCGACGAUAUAAACGCUAAUAUUAUUGGAAAUUGUAUAAAAAAUUAAUGAAAAUUCAUUGUGGAUCGCAUUUUUAAUUCAUGUAAACUUGAUUAUUUUAAACAGCAAGCCGUAAGCAAAAAAUGGAUUACAAAAACUAAAACGUCAAAUAUGUAUAAAAUUGUGUGUAUAUAUGUACAUUCGCAUUUACAAAUAAGUGAACGAUUUGAUUUGCGAAUCGUGCAGGCGACAGAGUCGACGAAGAAGAGCAAUUUCACGUAUUGAACUUUAAAAAGUACAAUUAUAUUAGUACAUAUGCAUAAAGCAAUUAUUCUUGCUUAUACUUAAAUAUUACUAGUAUUGACAGCGUGGAAAAGGUGUAUAUUGUCGGCAAAGUGUGGGAAAUGCUGUAUUGAUGGCACCCAUCGGCAUUCAGUUCUUACAAAUAGUUUGCAAAUAUUGGUUUAUUAAUCAGAUUAGAGAAAUCACACUUUUCUAAGCAAUCAUUAAAUUUGCACUGUAAACGUUAUAAGAGCUUGAGUUAUAUCCCGGCUAAGAAAUCGAUACAGCGCCAUAGUCCUGCUGGUCAGCAGUGACAGCUAUUUCAAGCAUCGGAAAUAAAAUACACAUAUAUGUAAAUCACACAAAGCAGGCUGUUGAAAUUAAGGUAGAGCUGGCACUCCAUGGUUACGAAUAUAAGCUUUGCACUAAACUCAGCAAGUCACGACAAUAGGGAAGAGUGGCAAAGGUAGUGAGAGCAGAUAUAAGAUAGAUAUAAGACGACUACUUGUGAGUUAGGCCACAAAAUCAUUGAGUUGGCAGUAUAUCAGCAUUCCUAUGAUAUCAUCAACACUGUAAUGGAGAAAAAUACGUUGGCUGCUGAAGAGAGUGUCGACUCGAUACCGGGUCCGGCGUAUGAACAUAUUGUUGUCACUACGUCCACCUUAGAACCGGCUAUUAAAAGUGGCCUAAUCUCUACGAAUAUUUUGGCAGUAACGGAGGAGGAAGAUGGGGACAUGGAGGACGAGGACUGUAGUGAAGGUAAUGAAGAACAUAUGGACGUAGAAUAUAAUCAAGAAGAAGGUGAAGAAGAACAAGCGGAGCCUGAAACUGAAGAUGGCAGCUUUCUGGAAGAUGAUUUCAACGAGCGUGAUGAUUAUAAAGAAAAUGAACGUAACCUGAAGGUUACAAGCUUGAAUGCAUUAGAACAAACUACAGUUGAUAUUGCUGCACACAGUGAGCAAGUAAACCAAAUUGAUAAUAGUAAUGCAGCCACAUUAACUACAACAUUGGUAAACUCUGCACCUAAGCUGAAUUCACAAACCGAGACAGUAGUAGAAGCGUCUGUAGAAGGUGUGGGUAUUUGUCCAGUACCGGUACAAAUUGUUUCCGCCCUGACCGUGAAGCCUAAAUUGUUGCCAAUGAAAACAAAAAAUAAUAAACUUAUUAUGGUACAGGUGAUGAAUGACCAGCCGGUGGACAGCACUCAAUUGGGUGUGCAGAGUUCAUCGCCUAGUCAAAUCUCAAAUGGCUCACGCAGAACAAUCGAUGAGCUUGCUGAGGCUGUUGUCUCAGAUGCAGACAAACUAAUAUCUCCUAACCAAGAGAAAUCCCCGGAUUCGUUACAACAUAAUCAACAACAGCAAAAUGUACGCUUUCUUGCACGCAGUAGUACACCGCUAUCACGUGAAUUUCUUGCACUCCAACGUUCCGUGAAUGAAUCAAAGGUCUUGAGUGAAUUUGUAACCGAUGCUGUGCGAAAGCGCCAAAAGAGUGCGCCAAAGGAUGCUCAUGAACAAAAUUACGCGCACCAACAACAACAACAGUAUCACCAUAAUCAUCAUCAUCAUUACCAUGGCGAAAAGCAGCGCAAACCUAGUAAAUUCGCUCCUUUGAAAGACGAUAGCGGCAGUUCGACAUCGAGCACUUUGCAGCGACGUUCACGCAGCAAGAGCGUCAAUCGCAAAAGUGAAGAUAUUCUGGAUACCUCAACCGGCAAGCUUAAACGUUGGCCAUCUGAUGAGAAGAUGCUCAAACGCACUAAUAUGCGCUCACAAAAUUCCGAAUUUGUGCAGAAACAAAUGGAAUUUUUGAAUCGUGUCAAACACGAUGAAGGCGAAGUUUCAUCAGAAGCGGAUGAUGGCGAGCGUAGUUUUGUCAAUGGUGGUGAAGAUGAUGAUAUAAAUAUGGUGGUGGUAGAGAGUAAUACAAUCAACGAUAGCAAUGCAUCGGUUGCCGGUUUUGCGGGUAGUACAAGUUCUUUGCUGGACACAACGUUGGAGCGUGAGGCCGCAGUAAAUAUUGCCACAACGUCUAAUGUAGAUAGUGUAGAGGCACGUUUAAUAAAUUAUUGGGCACCACCGCCAAAGAGAGGUUGGGAUAGCUUUUGUUGGAAAUGCCGUGAGUGUGUCGACCUAUUUCCGUGUUCCAAAUGUGUACGCUGCUUCCAUUGUACUUGCAUUAAGGUAACAGCUGCCACAAAAUUAGAUGAUUCGUGGGUAUGUCCAGAGUGCACGAGUGUGGAGAACGUACUUAAUGGCCCCAAACGCAGUUCUCGUCGCAAUGAGAUGUCCUUAGAUGUGCUAAGUCAGCUUCUUUCGUUCGCUUUGAAACGCAUGAAAAUGGUUAAAGGGUAUACCAAGUUCCUAUACACCGAGAGUAAUCUAUUACAUUACGCCAAGUACAUUGCAAAUCCAGUUACAUUCACUACGUUACAGGAGAAAAUUGAGAAACGCGCCUUCCGUUGUUCCGAAGAGUUCCUGAACGAAACAAAGUGGAUACUACACAAUGCUCUCAUUCUUAGCAGUGGCAGCUCUAGUAAAGAGGUGUUUACUGCCAAAUCCAUAUUGAAAGUUUGUCGGCAGGAGACAAACGAAAUUGACACCUGUGGCGAAUGUUAUUUGAACGCCAAUACGCGUACCGAUUGGUUUGUGGAUGUUUGCGCGCAGCCACAUCUUUUACUUUGGGCAAAGUUGAAGGGAUUCCCGUAUUGGCCAGCAAAAGCCAUGGGUCCCGGACAGGGACUCUCCCAUGUGAAUGUACGUUUUUUCGGCGAACAUGAUCGUGCUUUUGUGCCGAUCAAAGAUUGCUUUCUCUAUUCGGAGCAGGAUCCAAAUACACAAACUGGCAAGCGUUCGGCGCGCGAGUUGGCCGAUUGUAUUAAAGAAGUUGAGGUGCAUAUUGAGAAGAUUAGAACUAAAGUGGGCGCAUUUAAGUAUGCCAAAUUCAAAACACCCUACGAACCGACUGAGGAGCUGCAACAACUGGAAAUGAUGAUACCCGGUGUGAUGGACUAUAUGAAACGGCAACAGGCGUUGGUGCCGAAACCUUCGUUACAAUAUAAAAUUGUCAAGACGGCGGAUAAUCAUUUGUCGAUUAUAAAAAAAGCAUGUACAACAGAGUCGAGCAACGAUUCUGAUCAUUCUGUCAGUCCGCAUAAGAAGCCCAGUAGUAUUACAAGUACAAGUUGUGGUGUUGGUGAUGUCAAGGCAGCCAUAAUUACGCCUAAGUAUGAAGUGGUUAGCAAAGCAAGUUCUGACGAUAGCAAUUCGUCAAAGGUGACCGCCGUCAUUUUGAAACGCAAAUCCUCUAGCGAACACAAAAAAGAGGCUGGAGAAGAACUGGAGCUACCAAUGCCGAAGGUGAUAAAAUUCGACAAGGAAGAAAAUGAUCAGCGCUUGCUAGCUGGUGCCAUCCUUACUGGUAAUGCCGAUGGCAAUGCGGAAGCUAGUAGCAAGCGUAAGUAUGGCGUUGAUACUUGUGGCGUAAGUAUAAAUACAAGCGGCAGUAGUGUUGAUAGUACCACUAAAAUGACUGACACAACCGAGCGUCCACGCACGAAGCAUGCCAAGCAUGAACCACGUGUUCCAAUGAUUACAAUUAAAACAAAUGCAAAUGCAUUAACAGUGGCAAUUGGUUCCGAAAGCAAAGCUGCACCCGCCAUAGCAGUACCUAUCUCAAAUUGCUCCAACACCACAAAUUUGAAUGUGGAAGCUAAGCCAACAGCCGCUGUAAAGGAAGAGCUUGCUGCCGCAGCAACGUUGGCACCACUAACUUCGUCACCGAAUAAUGCUCAAACCUUAAUGGAGAACUUGGUUAAGAAUAAGCACGGUGUCACAAUUAAGAAGAUAUCGAAGGAGAAUAAUCAGACACCAAUGACAAAGCCCGAUGAAUGUACAAAGCUGUUAGCGGCAAUGAACACAGCAAUAGAAGAGGGGCCAGCAAACGCUGACAGUGAUGUAAAGAAAGCGGAUGCGGCAUCAGAUACAGCAAGCGGUACACAAACAAUUAGAUCCACCAAUAGUACUGAUAAUGAUAACAGUAAUGCAAAUGUCAACAAGAGCGCAGAAAGCAGCAGCAGCAGCAGUAGCGGCACGAAUAAAAUGGAGGAUAGCAAAAAAAGUACAAGCAAAUCCACAACAAAUACGCACAUACUAAAAGAUUUAGUGCCUUUUAUUGAGAUAAAGAAAGAAAUUACUUCGGACGAUGAAGCAGAUAUGCAAAUAGCUGCCAACAUAAGUGGACAGAACAAUAAACAUUUGAACGAAAAAGCGUCCAAGGUUACAACGGAAGCUGUGUCAACACCGAAAGCAAACGUUGGCACUUCUUCGCAGGUAUCAUUACCUGUCGUCGCAGUGCCGGCUGUACUGCCGAACUUGUCACUCGUCAAACAAGAAGUAAUGUCAGAUGAGGAGGAAACCACGGCUGCCACAAUUAAUGCUACAGAUCAAGAGCUGAACACAACAUCGUCUAGUGGCGAUAAUGCAACCAAUAUACCUAUUGCGCCGUUACCCGAUGCGGUACGUGUAGGUGACACUAUGAUUCAACGUGUGAAUGCCAAAAACCAACGCAACACGCAACCCAGUCUAGUUUCAUUCAAACCACUUGCUCAAACAACGCCCGAGGGUGCUGCUGCAAUGGAUAUGCCAAAUGUGCAGUCUUCGCCUGGUAUCCAUAUAAGUCCCCCUAAUAAACGACCGAAUACUCGAGGCGUGCCAUAUGGUCCACUGCCAGCUUCAGCUGUUGCUCAGUCACAGCCGCAGACACAAACAAACACAAUAUCAGCAAAUAAUACAGGGAAUCGUGCUACAAUACAGCAACAACAACAAUUACCCCCGUCAUCGUCACCGCCUCAAGUGCAAACUCAAUCACAAUCGCCACAGACGCUUCAGCCGCUUCAACGCGCACGCAAAUCAUUUCCGAAUCGCGCUACGCCUGAUAUUAGUGCAACGCGCAACAACUUUUCCAGCGCGCCACAUUCAUCGCCUGCUCUAUCGCCGCCCUCUACAUCGCCCUUAGCAAAUAGUAACGACUUGAAACGGACACUCUUGAAGAAUAGUAUGGUCUCUAUACCAAGACAAGCUUGGUCGCCGCAUGAGCCUCAACGAAAUGCCACCGUUAGUAGCAACAAUACCAACACACAUUCUAUACCAGUGCCACCGCUUACUGCCGUCUCCAAAACACCUGCAGUGUUGGCGGUGUUAGGCGACCAUAAUAAUGCUGGUAGCACAAACAACAAUAAUAAUAUGUUGCUCAACACGAAUUCCGUAACGAAUGUUGCCAUCAAUUCGGCGGCAAUAGUCACACCCUUUGUCACUUGCAAUGGCAAUAUUGGUCCAAACGGUCCUGCUCUACUUACUCCACUCACCAUGUCAGCACCACCGCCAUUGGCGGGACUAUCUCAAUCAUCGUCUAAUAUUUUGACACCCACAGUAGGCGCUGCUUUGUGCUCAAAUAUGCCAAUGAGUGGCAAUAACAUUAACGUCAGUGGUGGUAGCGGUGUCGUGUCUAUAUCUCCAGCAGUGGAACUACCUAUACCACAAGCAGUAGGCAUUUCGAGUAACGUAAUCAGCGCGGCUAGCAGCUCCAGUGUAGAUAUUGUAACAGCUAGUUUAACGUCCAUGGUUACGGAUGCAAUAUGCCGAGGUCCACCUAGAUUGAUGCAACGUCCUAACGGCCCAUUGAAAUCGGACGGCACGACUAUGUUUCCCUCACAAGCGGGACCGGUGUGUCAGACGCUGGUAGAGAAUGCGCAUAAGUUAACGGACUUUUUUAUAUCCGUCAUGGAGGACACCAUGUUAGAGAUGUCGGAAGGCGAUGAAUCCGUAUUACAAGCUAAAAUAACAAUACUAAAAAUAGAGCUUGAGCGCACCAAGCAAGCGUAUGAACAAGAAAUUGCCGAACUAAAACGCACCUCCGAUUUGAUGCUCUCCGAAAUGCGUAAAAGUAUGGAGAAUGAGAAAACUCGUAUCUCCAACGAGAUACGCAAGCAAUGCGAGCAAGAACGUUUGAGAUCCAUCGAGGAAACUAAAAAGAAGCAGUGGUGUUCAAAUUGUGGGCGAGAGGCACAGUUCUAUUGCUGCUGGAAUACAUCGUAUUGUGAUUAUCCCUGCCAACAGAUGCAUUGGUCGCGUCAUUCGGCCACCUGUGCACAGACACGCCCGACCAUUGCCAGCGCUAGCGAUAGUUUGCCAAAAACCGUUAGUACUAUGACGACGACGGUGUCGGCAAUGGGUCUACAACAACAACAACAACAGCAUGUUGGUUGUGGUAGUAAGAAUUCCAAUAAUAAUAUGAUGGCCGUCACAACAACAACUUCUAUGUCUGCAUCACCGCAACAGCAAUCAACAAUGUAUAACAAAAGCACAACGAACAACAAAAAGGAUAAGCACUGUGCAUCAAAAGUAAGUCAUUCGCAAACCGCCUCAAAUUCGUCUACUCUGGGCAGUUCAGCUACUAGCUCGAUUAACUCAAUUGCCGCUGCCAAUGCUACUGGCGUGGGAGUGGCCUCGGGGACAGCCACGGAGUUACUGAAAUUGCCCUCCAACACAUAUUUGCGCACUGUGCCGCAGUGCGGCAAUGCUGGAAAAAAUAAUAGCGGCGGUGGAAAUUUGCGCGGUUCAACGUACUCCGUGCAACGCGUCAAUAUACCGCUUCCCAUCACUGCACUGGUACAACGCGGCAAUAGCUGGGAACUUACCAGCGCAGCUCCCAAUAAUAAUGUGGGCGCUGCGAAUAUGGCGACAAUAACAGCGCCAGGAUCGAAUGUCACACAGGCGAUGACUCAAUUAACAUCUCAACAACAGCAUCAUCAACGUAUGCUUAGUGGCGGUGGCACUGGAAAUAUCAGUGGUGGUGUUGGUGGUGGUACAUCAUCGAAUAUGUCCGCGUCAAGAAGCAAUUCACGAAAUCGUGCGGCUGCUGCAGCCUUGCAACAAACAAUGACCAACAUGCAUAGUGCAACCAGUGGAGCGGCAACAUCGAUGUCUUGUGGCAUGCUACGUCCGACGCAGAUGUGAUGAUGAGUCGAGGACGCGUGCUCAAAUGCCGGCAAUCAAGAAGUAACAGCGUCCACACCAAAUGCAAUACGAAUAAGCAGCAGCUGCAGCAAUAGAAACAGCAACAAAUGCGUCGGAAAGUUUAAAAAAACUGGAGCUGCAUUGCGAGCCAAAACGCCAAGCGCAGUAACAAAUGCAACAGCAGCCGCUGCAGUGACAAAGAAGCAUUCAUUAGCGACAAUGAUCGAAAGUUCGCCGCUAUCCAUUACAUUUGUGAGGAAAUAAUGUUAUAAGUUGUACGAAGAAAAUUAAUGAAUGCGUCAAUGAGAUUCUAAAAUGGUAAGAAGUGUGUUUGCUUUCAAUUGCUUGCCUUCAAGACACAGUUUACAACAAUUACAACGAAGUGCUAUACACUCAAACAUGUUUUCAAUUCGAUAUUUUUGUUUAAGUUUUCCUAUUUAACCAAGUAGUUUUAAGAUUUAUAAAUAAAAGUGUUAAGUUUAGUUAUUAAAGUAACUGAAUUUCAAAUGAAUAUGAAAAAGGAAUCAAACAUAAAUACAGUUAACUGUACUCGAAACGUAUGCCUACAUCAUAAGUUGUAUAAAUUAUAAAUUUAAAUAAGUUUAAGUAAUUUUAAAGUAUCGUUCCGUUUGAGAAUUGUAACAGUGAACUAUAUGUAAAUAUAUAUAGCAGCAUACUUGUAUAUAAACUUAUAGACGUACCGUAUAUGAAUUCAUUAAAUCAUAUCUACAAAAAUACAAACAAACAUAAAUGUAAAAAAUCACGCAAACACAUUUGUAUAUGAUGCAUUAAAACAUACCCACUUACAUCCGGCAUACAUAUGUAUGUAGAUAUAC